AUGGACGUGGUUAUGAUUUUUAAUAUUUUGGAGGACGAAGCAGAUGAAGAACUAUUGCCACUUGCGAAUCAUUUGCGUAAUGAAAAUGAUGAAAUGUUUAGUCAACGGAGCAGGGAGGAGGGUUGUUUCAGUACUUUAAUUCAAAUGCGCCUAAUUGACAAUGAAACUAGAUUCAGAGAACAUUCUAGAGUGUCAUUUGAAUUAUUUAAUUAUAUAAUUCGUGCUAUUAAAGAAGAUAUAUGUAGGCGUCCAAGUAAUCGGAUUAAGAAACCAAUAUCACCGGAAGAAAAACAUGUAAUAAAAUAUAAAUAACAUAUUGAAAAAUAUUUUAAUAAUAAUUAAAAAAUUUAAUAUUUUAACAAUAAGUACCUAUAUAAAAUAAUGCAAUCCCGCACUGCGUGUCACGCAAAAGUUGCCCUCGUAGCGACUACUGCGCGAUUGGAAGUGCGUGAAUCGACAAUCGCGCACGUGAAUUAUUAAUAAACACAAACACUAUUUUUUGUUGUUUCAACUUUCGCGUGAUCACGCAAUCACGGAUGCGCGAUUGUAGGAAACCAAGGCUUUAGACGGGAUUACGUCAGUCAAUCUUAUUUAUUGUAUAAUUCUAAUUUUAAAUAAUUCUGAAAUAUGACCGUAAGAUACAUAAAUACAUAUUAAUACAUGCAAUAUACAUUGACAAGUACUUAUAUAUUAUGUCCUUGUUAUGAUUUGCUAAUGUAUUAAUAUGUUUUAAAUUUUAUAACUUUGAAAUCUAAAUUUGUUAGAUUUAUAUUAUUAUGUUGUUUAAAUAAAGAUGAAUAUAAAAUAAAUAAAUAAAAAUGUAUUGGAUUGCCAUUUUAUUUAUUUACUUACAUACCCACCGAAACACUAGCCACUGAGACACUGUAACGCAACUACCAUUUUUCAAGGUGGGGAGGAGGUAAAAGACUUUAGGAGAUUAAAUAAACAAUUUUUUAUUACAAAGGUAAUAUACUAUGUGCGUACAUUAUUAUGUGAUAUUUAUUGAAUAGGUAUAUAAAUAAUUUUAUAUAUACUCCGAAUAAUAUCUGUAUGCGUAGUUACCUUUAUAUAUAUUAUGAGGUAUAAGGGGAAGUGGAUGGAUCAUUGUAUAAAUGCUUUGCUUAGGGCUUAAAAUAUGCUCGCCACACCACUGAUUGGAGUAGGUAUUCUUGAAAUUAAAUGUAUUUAUACCUAAUGACAAAUUUAGAAUAAAAUAUAUUCAUGGUUACGAAUAUAUUUUCUCAUAAAAUAAUUUUUUUCAAUCACAACAUAUUAAUAUUGAAUAUUGAUAACACCUACAAUAUUCAAAAACACGUAUUUCGGUAUAACUUAGUAUAGGUAGAUAUUUUAAGUAAACAUAAAUAAAUUGUGAAUGCGAAGAAAGGUAGGGUACUCAUUAAUACGUUUCAUAUAAAUUGCACACAAACUACAUUCAACCAAUGUAUAAUUUAUAGAAUAUUAUAUUUUUUAAUAACAAUAAAAUUAAAAAUCUACUAUUCCAUACUUAAUAAUAGAUUACCAUAACAUAAUAUACAAUUACUUAUAUUGUUUAUGUAUUUUGAUACCGUGCAAAUUAAGUUUGAUAAAAAAAAAAUGUUCAACAAUAAAAUCGGUGCUAUUCUAUAAAAAUGUUAAACUUCAGUUUCAUAUCCAUGUACUUAUCUAACUAUCGCUAAAUUAUUGUGAUAAAAUCACAAAAAACAUUUUUGUUACAUUGAUUACAAAAUUAUUGUAGUAUUCUGAAAGUUCUAUGAAAUUAUCUGCAUUUACAUAUUUUAAAUGUAUUAAAAUAAAUUCAUGAGAUUAAAUUGCAAUUGAUGCCACGGUAUAUGCCUAAAUAAUAAUACCUAUGUCUAAAAAUGUUGAAUAUGUACCCUUAUCGAACAUUUUGCAAUAUUAUAAUGAAAUUAUCAAGAUCAAUUUUCGGAACCACUGGCAACCACUGACGGUUUCAAAAAAAAAUGGUGACACUUAUUAAUCUGUGUUUAUAUCACGAUUUCAAAUAUAGUCGCCCAACGGACUAUGAAAUUGUGACUACAACUUAUAUUACUCGGAUGAUAAAACAGUACUGUAGCGCUUGUAGACCGCAGUGGAAUAUUUAUGUACUAUAUCAUAUCACUAACUAUCGCCAAUUUUAAAUCAUUGUUUAUUGAUUAUGAUUUACGACUAUAUUAAUGAUUAAAACUUCAGUUAAAACAUUAAAACAUUCAAUUAUCAAACAAUUUCAGUAAACAAUAUCACCACCAGAACAGUUUGCUCACUAAACUAGUAACCAGGUUACUCAAAAGUCAAAACUACAUCGCCAAAACACCAUUCCUGGAAGAUUUUGAACACUUCACUAGAAGUUGUUCGGUAGAAAAUUAA